AGAAAUUUGGGUGUGAAAUUCGGGCGGUAAGGACCAUCUGCGGACAAUAACAAUGACAUCACUGAUGACAUCAUAGGAAAAUAAAUGGCGGAAGAAAUUGGGAAAGAAAUAGUUGUUUAUCAUGAUGGAUUUUGUCCGUUAUGCUCCAGGAAAAGAAGAGUUUUCACCUGCCCAAAAUGCAUAACGCUUGGUUUAUUUUCUAAGAGCAACGAAGCCAGAAGUGAAAGUUACGAGAAAAAACGACAGAGAUUAGAGUCAACAAAAAAAUUAAAGCUUGAGUCUUCCGAUAGAGUUUUGCAAUUAAUAAAGAAUUGUGAAUCAAAAAAUGACAUAAAGUGUAAACUGCUAUUAUUACGUUGCAAAGUUUCAGCCAUACACGAAGCCAUAGAUAAAUUGAAGUGGAAGCACAGUGAAGACAAAGGCAUUUUGAGUAAAACUACAGAAGAAAACAAGAGAAGAAGGUCGAGGCUGGACCUUUUGAAGCAGCAAAUAAAAACACAAGAAAAACAACUUCACAGCAAGAACGUCAAGAUACAACAAAGACUAACUGAUCUAGCUGAUCAACAACAACAGGUUGUAACAUUACGAAGAAUUUAUAUUGAUCAAGUGCAAAAAUAUCUAUUUCCAAUUGAAAAGAGAAGCAUAUUUCCCGAACCUGAGACCCCGCCUGGUAUCGCGGCAACACAUUGUAAUGCCAGUGACGUUGCCCUUGAAGGCAGUGACAGUUAUGAGAAGGCUUUAAGCGAAGCAACAAGAACAUCUUAUGUUGAAGGAAAAUGGCUAACUUACGACGAAACUCAAUACAAAAUACUCGAAACAUUUCUUCCUGUAAAUGGAAACUAUUCCUCUUAUUCUCAAUGGUUGAGAUCCAGAAAAAACUUACAGAAUGAAUCAGUGCGAACCUGUGAAUUGAAAAGCUCAGGAUUUUGUUAUACUGCCGGUUUGAGUUAUGCUUGUCAAUUGCUCGAUCUAAGCGCUUUUUUCCUUGACGUGACGUUACCUAGAAACGUCACUUUCGGUGAUUUUUGUCUCCGUGAUUUGAGCGCUUCUGAGUUGAAGUCAGCGGUAGUUCGUCUAAAUACCAACGUAAUGUAUUUAUGUAUGUCUCAGAAUGUAAACCCGCAGAUGCUACAUCCCGCACAUACUCUUCAGAAUCUUCGUGUUUGUCUUAACCCCGAUAACAUGGAUCUGGGAAGGUUCACAGCUCACUGCACGGACGGUUCAAACGAUCAUGUAUUGUUGAACGAUGCUGACGUCGAUAGUUCCGAUGAAGAUCUUCCUGAUGGAAACGAGACACAUAACUUAGAGCUUUAUGCAACAGAUACCGAAUGGGAAACAAUAACUAUAGAUUCACCAGUGCCAUCGGCUGUUACACAGAACGCGACUUCUAGAGAGUCUGAGAACGAAACUAUACAAUCGUCUGCAUCUAGCUUCGUCUCGUCGGUGACGUCAUUAUGGCCUUGGAAAAGUUAGGAAACAACGCUUUUCUUACUUGUUGCUUACUUUUGCAAACUUGUGCACUUUGUCGGGUUUCAAAGAUGUUGGGGGUAGAAUUGAAAAUGUUAUUUAUAUAUGUGCAUAUAAUAGUGACAAUUCCCAAUUCAUCUAACUUCACCAUAAAAUAAAGACAAUAUGCAAUAUAAGUUUAAUACAUUAGGUCAACAACAUAUAAUGCACAGAUUAUUUAUAAAUAAAGGCCUUCCGGUGUUCCUUCUGA